CUCUGGCAGACGCGGCGAGUUGGGGACGUGCGCAUGGUUCACCACGGGAGUCUUCGCGAAGGAACACUUUGCGAGAUCGUCUGGUCAGGCACCGACGCCAACGGUGUGCCUUGGCCCAUUACGUGGUGUCUCUGGAAGGAUCUCCCCGCUUCCUUGAGGCAGAUAGGGAAGGUCAGGUUGGAGGUCCGGGAGUUUGUCCGGCAGAUCGACUCCGAGGCAGGAAAGGCCGAGGCCAUGGCAAUAUUCAACGAGGUAAUCGAGCAGAGCCGUUCACGCCUCAUGCAGAGGACGAGACACUACAGGCGGGAGCGUAGAGAGUUGAUGCAAAGGUUUGCUCGGCGUACGGCGGCCAGGGAACAAGAUAGAACUUACAUGGCCGCGACGGCGACACAGCCACAAGUCACGGACGCGGAGAAGGAAUGUGUCGUGUGCUACGGUACCAUCGAAGACGUUGGUGGCUUCAUCAAAAUGCCUUGCUGCAAGCAAGACAUCUGCAUCGACGACUUAACAGAAUGGCACAAAGCCCAACGGGAUCCCACGAACCACCUGAACCAAGGCCAGGCAAAUUGUCCGUAUUGCCGGACCGCCUAUACAGUCGCACCCGCGGCCUGAAGGCUGGCUUCCAUACCCGACUCGCUCUGCGGUCGGUCUUGGGUUGUGCUUGAUGGGAUGGGAGGACACUGUUGUAGCUACCUCUUAGCCUGGGCAUACCGGUUCUUGGGAACGGACUGGGAUAGCUCUAUGCGGAGACCCUUGCAUGUGCGGGAAGAUCAUGAUAUGGCAUAGCUUCAUUACCG